AGGUAGCAGAGUAGUAACUGAAGGGUUUGCCACAAAAUGAAGUUAUUGGGCGGUGCUUGCUUCAGCCACGGCCCGUACACGUUCUACAAAGCGGUGAGGAUAGGGAACGGCCGCGUUCUCCGUCUCGGCAGCUUCUUCCUGACGAAACUCUGGAGCGAUGCGGACCUCGUCAGCAUCGGGGAGCUGCAGCUGCUGUGGAUGGACAGCCGGGGCCCGAACCAGCCUCUGGCGUCCUUGCGGCUCUACUUCCUGCCGGAGAACACGCCGGAUGGCCGGAGGGACACGCACGGAGAGGACGAGGUGCUGACGAUAUCCGAGAAGGUAGUGGUCCGGGUUCACGAUCUCGUCACGUGGUUGUCGCCGACGUUAGAAUGGUCAUGGGGUCGAGAAGUCUCUUACCCGCCGACUCCUACAUCAUCCCCCGAGAGCAGCCCGUUGAGGUACGAGAUACCGCAGCCCCAGGUGCUCACCGACCCCGGAAUCGAUUUUUCCGACGUCGAUAAGCAACAGAAGGAGUAUGAGAGCAACCACAACACGAGGAGGACAGAGUACGGCGCCCAGACGAAAGUGGUGGUGCUCUCGUACCCCAGGUACUGUCGAUACCGGGCACUCCUGCGUAGGCUCGAAGGAGCCGAACCGUCCUGGCUCUGCUCGUCCAUCGCGGCAGCGCUGGGGGGAUUCACCGCCACACCGGGCACCAGGGUACUCUUCUGCAGGGACACCUUCGACUAUCCGGACCUCGAGACACACGAGCUGCUCUGUAACCAUUUAGCACCUAAAUUAAAAGGACGGCCGAGGAGGAAGCGUAAAAAGCGCAGCGCGUCGCCCGGCGAGUCGAGUAAUGAGAGCGAGGCCUCGGUCGCGUCGACGUCGAAGAGCGCGACGUCGAACGCAACCGGAAGCUUGGUGUCGAACGUCGGCAGGCCACCGUCGUCGGUGGUGCGCCGCAGCGAAAGGAACACCAGCGCGGAGGAGAAGAAAUUCAUCCUGGACGUGCAGAAUUUCAUGAACUCGCGGGGUACGCCUGUCGGAAAGAUGCCACUGCUGGGCUACAGGCAGAUCGAUCUCUUCCUGUUUUAUACGAAAGUGCAAAUGCUUGGCGGCUACGACUCUGUCAGCGCUGGUCGGCUGUGGAAGACCAUCUACGACGACAUAGGUGGUAACACGGGGUCUACCAGUGCUGCCACCAUCACCCGUCGUCAUUACGAAAGGUUACUGUUGCCUUACGAAAGGUACCAGAGGGGCGAGGAAGCAAAAGUGAGACUGAACCAUGGAAGACGCACCAAGUCCAGUAGCGUGUCCGAAGAGUCCGAAGAAAUCAAGCAAGAAACCAAUGAUCCGUAUCCGUCGGAAACGCCGCCGCCUGUAGAAACGAGUCUUACUACCACGACGCCUCCGUUACAACCAAUUAUUGCGACCACGCCGUUCCUCCCUGGCGAGAAGCCGAAGACGGAGACGGGGAAGACGUCGUCCCUGCGCAGCGUGCGGGUGAAACCUGAACGCCUCAAGUCGCUGAACACGAUGAUCGCGAACAGCACGACGCCGUCGCCCAGCCAGCAAGCCAGCCAACUGCCAAGUCCUCCGCCGUCAUCGAACACGUCGAUCUCGACGCCGAGCAGCACGCCGUCGACGACACCAACGAACGGCACGAGUAGCCAGAGCGUGCUGGAAAGGCAGCUGAACAGCCCGCUGAUAUCGCAGCAGGUCCCGCCAGCGUGUUCGCCGCCUGGACUGCCGGUGACCACGGUGGCGACGAACGCGACAACCGUAGUAACGCUGACGCCACCCCCGGAGAAGGACAUGAAGGAGAUCAAGCUGGACCCGAAGCAAACCACCCUGCUGGCACAGGGGAAAGAGAACAUACCGUUGUUCGGCGAGAAGUCAAUAUUCGCGGAGAAGUCGAUAGUGCCGCCUAGGUCACCCGAGGUGAUCGACCUGGAGUCCGAGAGCGACACUAGUAGGGACAAGAUAAUCAUUCCCAGCUUUAAGAAACGGAAGCUCGAGAUCCUGCGCGAGGGUGGGCUCGAGGUCACUGCCGUGGACCUGGACACGCGGCCGAGCGUGAUCCAGAGUAACCCGCCGGCGCCGGCCACGAUGAAGACCGCCGAGGAGAAGCCGCCGAUAUCGUAUCCCCUGCCGGUCACGCCGAACUCCAUUCCGAAACUGAUAUCCGUCACCGUCACGCCGGACAUCGGUCACAUGCUGUCGUCGCCCCAGGAUCAUCAGCAUCAUCCCCAUCACCAGGCUAGGCUGCCGGUACCUACCAAGCAACCGCCAGCUCAUCACAACAAUAAUAAUAACAAUACUACGAUGAAUAACAAUAACGUGGUGAACAGCCGUGUGAUAAACCUGGGCACGUCGAACAACGCGGCGCUGUUGCAGCUGUACGCGAACGCGAACGUGCCGCCGCCGUCGUCGGUGAUGCACCAGCCGAACCACCGUUUCGUGCCGCCCACGGUGCCGAACGGUAGGAUAUUCCCGCCUAGGGUGACGCAGUCGAGGUCGAUAUUCGCGCACAACGAAAAGACGGUUUACGGUGAUCCGAAGGACAUCCUGGUGCCCCCGAAGUACCGUCCCUCGCUGCACCGUUUGCAACCGCCCCACCAUCACCACCACCAUCAUCCGCCGCAUCAUCCGAUCGUGAAUAAUAACAACGACCUGGUGGCGCACGGCGGUGUCCUCGAUCUGACACAGAAGUCCGCGGAGAAGCCGGUAUUCCCAAGGCCGAGCCUAGAAAUAGUUAAAGUACCUGUAGUGCCGAGGCCUAAUCCGUUGAACCUGGAGAUGAGGAACUCAUCCGCGAUCAAGGACAGACCGACCGACUGUUCGAAGCGGACGGCCGGCUAUCCGGGCUAUCAGAACGUGCUGGACAGCCGGACGAUGGCGUCGAACAACCUAGAAAUUACGAUCGUGAAUCCUAAACACAAGAGCAAUCACUUGAGCCCGCCGGUCCGGGUGCCUAGCCCGCCGAAUAGGAACAGUAUCACGGCUAGCCAGAGGAGGCACCAGGCGAACGGCAAGUAUACGACGACGAGGAGCGAGCCUGUCUCACCGUACACACCUAGGAAGCCAAGUAGUCAUCCCGUGAUACCGAACGUACCUAAUCUAAAUCACUUGAACAGCGGGAACUCGUAUCCCAGGAUGCAGUCGGCGAUGCACCAACAGAUCAGUAUAGAUAGGAGAAAAAACGUGGAAGCCGGCGGCAAGGAGCAACCACAACCACCACAGCCACAGCAUCAUCAGCACCAGCAGCGUCGGAUCAGCGAGGGCGAUAAGACGAUGAUCGCUCAACAACAACAGCAACAACAACAACAGCAGCAACAUCAGCAGCAACAGCAGCAGCAACAGCAACAGCAGCAACAACAGCAACAAGAUGUCAGGCAAACCGAAGCCGGGAGGCGGCAUAGCGUCCCAAGUAUACCCUCCGGUUUCGUGCCAGCGGUGCCGCAAAGUAAUCCAGCCUUCCUCCCGCAACUGCCAACAAACACGCCCGGCAAGUUCCUACCAAUUUUGGACCCGAUGUACUAUUCCGCGUUCUACAACGGUUUGUUCCCGCCGCCGAUUCCGCCCACGGCCGCCGCGUCCUUUCUGCCGCCAGAGUUCAGCGCGUAUUACAAAGAAUUACUUGCUUCCUCGCAACCAAGACUGGGGAUGGCGGGGCAGCACCAGCCGGCUGCCCCAACGUCUAAGUAGACAAUGGGAUCUCAUACCGUAUAUAGAGUUUCCGACU